UUCACCCGCAUAUGAAUCCACUAACGCCUGCUGUGUUAACUCGGGAAACUGAUUUCAUCCAAGUGGCUGGUGCAGAUUUGGUGCUCAGUGUGGCGUACCAGUGUGUCCGAGACUGUUUUUUGUCUGUUUGUUUUAAAGUUCGGGGCCUAGUAUCGAUAUUUUCUUUUGAAUUUAGGACAUUUCGCCCCGUUAUCUGCCGUGACAGUGGGAAGAAUCACCCUCUCGACGUGGACGUGGUCAGUUGGCGUGUCCCGACUUGGAGUGACGGCUGUGCAGUCCUAUGAUUCAUCCUAAACAAUUUCUGCACUGGCCCCUUUUUCUAACAAACUGUGUCGCUAACUUUAGAGUUAUAUCGUGACCUAUUUUCACCUCCGUCGAAAGUUGGAAGACGACCGGGCUUCAAGAUGUCUGUAGCGGGCUUGAAGAAGCAGUUUUAUAAAGCCAGCCAGAUGGUAAGUGAGAAAGUCGGAGGUGCUGAAGGAACUAAACUAGACGAAGACUUCAAAGACUUAGAGCGGAAAGUAGAUGUGACCAGUAAAGCAGUAGUGGAGGUCAUCUCCAAAACAUCAGAGUACCUUCAGCCCAACCCAGCAUCACGGGCCAAACUGUCCAUGUUGAACACCAUGUCUAAGAUACGUGGUCAGGUGAAGAAUCCAGGCUACCCUCAGGCAGAGGGGCUGCUGGGGGAGUGCAUGGGCAAGUAUGGACGGGAACUCGGAGAGGACACUAACUUUGGUGGAGCACUAGUAGAUGUUGGAGAAGCCAUGAAGAGAUUGGCAGAAGUCAAAGACUCCCUAGAUAUUGAUGUUAAACAGAACUUCAUCGAUCCAUUGCAAGGGCUCUGUGAUAAAGACCUCAGAGAGAUACAGCACCACCUGAAGAAGCUGGAAGGCCGUCGUCUGGACUACGAUUACAAGAAAAAGCGUCAGGGCAAGAUCCCAGAUGAGGAGGUUCGACAGGCCCUGGAAAAGUUUCACGAGUCAAAGGAUGUGGCCGAGACGAGCAUGUACAACCUGCUGGAGACUGAUAUUGAGCAGGUGAGCCAGCUCACAUCCCUUGUGGAGUCCCAGCUGCAGUACCACAGACAGGCUGUGCAGGUGUUGGAGGAACUUUCUGACAAACUCAAGGACAGGAUGAACGAUGCUCAGACUCGACCAAGACGUGAAUACACACCUAAACCCAAGCCUAUCUUUGACUUCGGAGAGGACAACCAUUCAAAUGGUGGCUACUCGACCUCAAUGGCGAUGCCACCUUCACGUAACUCAGCCCCGGAGCAGCCGAGCUGUAAGGCGCUGUACGACUUUGACCCAGAGAACGAGGGAGAGUUGGGCUUCCGCGAGGGCGACAUCAUCACCCUGACCAAUCAGAUCGAUGAGAACUGGUAUGAGGGAAUGCUGAACGGCCAGUCGGGAUUCUUCCCUCUCAACUAUGUCGAGGUCCUCGUUCCGCUGCCACACUAAUAGAAACAGAGCAAGAGAGCCGAGGAGGAGACUGACGGAGAGGAGGAGGAGAAUUGGGCGAGUAGAAUUGGUAGAGAGGGAGGAAAGUGAAGCCAAGGGAUGGUCCGCAGAUUAUUCAUUUUCACCUUCAGCUCCAGCGUCACGACCACCAACGAGCACUUUUUGUCAUCUGGAGUUCUGGAGAAGAUGGUCACAUUUCAAAGUCCAGAGCAGAAUAUCAGCCUGUUAAAGGGUCUAAGAUGGACACAAAAUGUCAUAUCUCGUUAUCCGGCAGUCAGAAACAUUUCUUGAGGACUAACUAUGACACAUUUAUAAGCAAUAUUUUUAUUUUAUCACAAAUUACUGAUAAAGACAAUUUGUAUAAAAUCUGAUGACUGGGGUGACACAUUUAUGCCAUCAUUUGUGUGUGUCUGCAGUCAGUUCAUAACUCAGGUGGUCACCAAGUUAACAGUCAGUUCUCAGACUGUAGAGGCCAACUGGAGCCUCACAGUAAAUGUCACGUGUAAGUUGACUGAAUAUUAUCCUCAUUUCAAAACCCAAAACCUUUAUAUGUGCCGCCGCCCCCCCAGGACUGGAACUCAUCCGUUGAUGCCACCUGCUGGCAAGACUGAAAGUUGCCUUUAACUCGACUAAAAUGGAACUACACACGACUAAAAAAAGAAAAUGCGUUCAUAUUUUUAAUGACAAACAUGAGCCUCAGAGUUAGCCUCAGAUCUGUGAUUUGUACUUUUUUCAGGUUUAUUGGCUGAUUUGUAAUGCUCUUUUUAAAAGAAUCUCUAAGCUGAGCACUGACAGUAGCUUAGAUGACAGCAGGCCUGACACAGUGGUUUCCUUUUUAUUGUUUCAGUAUUUGAUUUAUGUGUGUCUCAACCUACUACAGUAAACAUAGAACUGCUUACUGCACAUGUGAGAAAAUGUUGUAAUUGCACCUUGGUCCUCAAUUGAGAUUGAUGUUUGUGUGUGUGUGAGUGUGUUUGCGCGUGACAGACUUCACCAUCACACACAGACCCCAAAGUUCAAUGCAGACGUUGCACGUUUUUGUCACUUGAGGCGGCUGUGUGCUGGUUGUGUAGAGACGCAGGAUGAUUGGUCGUUCAGUGGUUGUUGGUUCAAUAGAGGAGACAGAGCCAAAAAGUUUAUUAAAUGCAAUAAAAAAAAAAAAAACAUAUCGCUACCUUGUUAAACCGCUAACUAUUCUGUUACACAGCCAUAUAUUCAUUUAGUUUGGGGCCUGUUUGUCUCUGCAUGUUAAGCCUUUAUUCAGUCUUUUGACCCCCUGUAUCAGGCGCCCGUUCACCUUCAUGCAGUGCCUGAUUUGAUGAGGCUGCUGGCAGCUACUCAUCACUAACUGUCCCGCUGUUUAUGUCUGCCCUCGCGUCUUUGAGAAUGUGAAAUUCAUCUGUGCUUUGAAACCUAUUUCUCACCCCUGUGAUUCUGAUUAUUCACAACGGCUCUGUUUGGAGUUAUUGUUAGUACAUUCGGGCUGAUGUAGACAGGUUGUGCCUGUUUCAGUUAAUCUAUUUGGACAAGGCUGGUUUCUUGUCACAGUCCACACCUGCAGAUGGGAGUCUUAUCCAACAUACGGUGUUGAGUAUGAGGAGAGAAGACCUGGAGUGAAAAGGGAAAACAUCAAGGGAAAAAUAAGUGUCAGCUGGGUUCCAUUUUGACUCAUUUGGAGAACUUUUGUUACCAAAACACGAACCCUCACCCAACAAUCAUCAGUCAUGCUGAUUUUGAAUUGUUUGGAGGGGGGGAGAAAAAAUUGAGUUGUGAAUGAAAACUAUGUGCUCUUUAAUCAUUUUUGCUACAUUUCCCCUCUUCUUAUCUGUCCAUCACACCACGCUCCAAACACUUCCCUUACUCCUGAGUUUGGUCCUGGUCUAACAUGUUUACAUUUCUGAUCUUACAACAUUUUGAUGUUUGUAUCAAGUUCAGGGCAAAGUGUAAGGACUGUCGGGGUUGCUGUCUGGAUUACACUGUUAUCAAAAAAGUCCUUGAUAGCUUUGGUUUUUGUGCCUUUGGAAAAGAAAGGAGGGAAAGUAAUGCAACUAAUACAGCAACCAAAACCUAACCUAGCUACUUAUGAGAAUGGUUUCUUUUCUACUUUUGGUUUUAUUUCCAGCCGUUGGCACUUUUCCUGUGUAAAGGUGAAAUGCAUGUGUGUGCAAUUCUGCACAGUUCUGACACUACAGGCAGUUUCCUGGUUUAUGUGUUGUUUAGACUAAUGUGAGGUUUAUCAGCACACCACCAGUGGAAACUGAGUUUUUAUGUAGAUUUUAAUCCAUGUUGAAAAAAAAAAUGUCCCACUGGUUUCAGUUUUUAAAGGGCUAUGUUUGUUUAAUCAGUCUUAAAUGCUCCUUUGAACAUAAUUAAAUCAUCCUGGCUCUCUAUAGUAUUAUUUUUUAUAUACAAGACCUUAAAACAUUUAAAUUGAUCUUUGCAUGUAGUCCUAUAUUACACCUUGUAAAUGUACGUCUUAGAUUUAAGUUGCCUUUUUACUUCUGGUAUGAGUACAGAAUUUAACCGCAAUAUUUUGUCUUUUAUUAUCAAAGUAUUUGUACGUGCUUCUUUUCUUGUCCCCCAUCUCCCCCUUCUUACAAUAAAUAAAACAGACAAAUGUGUUA